CUACACGGCGGCACAAUGGCUCUGGUGUCAGCAAUAUUGCUAAACUAUGAGCUCAGGAAAAUGACUGUAAUACUGCUUUGUGGCCACCAGAUGUUGACUGCUCAACACCAUGCAAGUCAGUAUCUUUACCCCAAAGACUGUGUGUGUUGUGUACAGGCAGAGCUCCAGUGGUUAGAGUGUGAUGAUAGCCUGUUUGAUCACAGGAGUUCCACACUAAUUCCCUUGCAGCUCGUACCAGCUCGGUUCAACCUGUUCCCACCGACAGCCUUGAUCUUGACCAGCUCAGCCGUCGCUAUGAAUGUCUUCUCCUCCCUCACUUCCUCCUCCUCAUGCCCCGACUUGUACCACUUACCCAGUUACCCCAGCAACACCACCAUAUCGGAUGACACAGCCACAGCCACUGGGAUUAGCCAUGUGAUCUUGCGCCAUUACAACCACACCGGCCGCCUGCAGAACAGGACCAUCUCAAACACCCAGAGCCACAUCAGUGCCUCCACGGCCGUCUUCCUCUUCUUCAGUAUUUUCAUCAUCCUGGAGAAUCUCAUGGUGCUGGUGGCAGUCAUCUCCCGCAUCCGCCACAGUCGGCGCUGGGUUUACGUCUGCAUUGCCAACAUCACGCUCAGUGACCUCCUCACCGGCGCUGCCUACGUUGUCAACAUCUGUUUGUCUGGCAGCCAGACAUUUCGCCUCACCCCUGCUCUGUGGCUCUUCAGGGAAGGGAUGCUGUUUGUGGCCCUGGCAGCUUCCAUAUUCAGUUUGUUGCUGAUUGCUGUGGAGCGUUACACCACUAUGAUGAAGCCACUGCCCCAGAAGUCCACCAGGAAGACCUACUAUAGGAUCUACGGCUUGGUGGCACUCUGCUGGGUUUUGGCGCUGGUGAUUGGCUUCCUCCCCUUGCUGGGUUGGAACUGUGUGUGCAGCCUGGAUGGAUGCUCCACCCUCCUCCCUCUCUACUCCAAGACCUACAUCUUUUUCUCCCUUAUCAUUUUCUUCCUCAUCCUCCUGGCUAUUGGCGUGCUCUAUGGUGCCAUCUACUGCCACGUACACAGGAGUGCACAGCUGGGCCCCCAGCGUAGUCGCAAGCGGUCCUUGGCUCUGCUUAAAACUGUGAUCACCAUUGUUGGGGUCUUUAUGAUCUGCUGGGGGCCACUGUUCCUGCUGCUACUGGUGGAUUUCUUCUGUGUCUCCCGCCAGUGUGCGCUGCUGUUCAGCGCUGACUUUUGCAUCUCCCUGGCUGUCCUCAACUCCGGCCUGAACCCCAUCAUCUACGCCCUGGGCAGCAGUGAGAUGAGGAAGGCUAUUGCAGAGCUGCUGUGCUGCUGCUGCCUGAGGUCUGGCCUCUGUCACCCAGACACAUUCACAUCCAAGGAGACCAACAGCACCUCAGAGAGCAGGAGGGACAGUCUGAGGAACAGUUUUAACAAGGUCAGGAAUCUGAGCGUGGCCUCUCCACCAUCAACUCCUAACAAGCCUCGCAGGGCACCCAAAAAAUAUAGGCUGAGCUCCACUACCAGCUGCCUGUCAGUUUCAAGUGGUUAAACCACAAUGUGCUCCCCUCCCAAGCAAAUAAGACCUGUGUGCACUGAUACACAUCUAACCGUUUCCUCUGAGUUUUGGUUUGAAUGUUCAGUGCUUUGCCAGCAGGUACUUGCAUUGAUGAUUACACACUGUCAGAAAAGUUUGCAAUAAUAUCACAAAAAGCAGGAGUUUUUUAUUCAAUUACAAGACAUAUAUUUUCUUAAUGCAUUUUACAGUUACACUUGAUCUGUUGUUGCACUGUACUUGUUGAUAUUACAGAGUCAAAAAAAUGUUUAUGUAUAUUAUGGCAGAUUAUUUACAAGAAGUAUUAUAUACAAAAGAGUUAACAUGGAAAUGUAUAAUGUGCAGAAUGGAAAAAUAUGUAUAUAUGUAUUGUAAUUAACAUGUAACAUUUUGUGUAAGCCUGAUGUUUUAUUGUAUACAGACAACUAAAAAUAAUAAAGUUUAUUUUGCUUUA